AGGCAGGAACCCAAAGCCUCUUCGGAGUGUUUCUCCCUUAUAUGUUCUCAUUGUUUUCUGUGCACUGUAGGUUAGAGCGAUAACCUGCAUGCAACGCCGAGUCUGAGACUGGUAUCAGCGGCCGUUGAAGCAAGUCGCCAGACUGGAAGUGCGAAAGGUAUCGAACCGCGUGCAACUCGGGCCAAAAUGCAGGAGGAACAAACGACCGAGGGGACCAAAGGACCUGAAACCAAAGAGGUCUUCCAAAAUCAAGAGAGGCAUUUCACGUUUUGUGGCCACGACAUAAAAAUCAUUCAACACUUGAAAGACCUCGACAUCCCAGCCGUGGUGUGGCCGACCGGGCUUGUUCUUUGCAGGUAUUUUGAAAAAGCAGGGCUAAAUUUUUCUGGGAAGAAGGUGAUCGAGCUGGGAUCUGGCACGGGACUCGUGGGGAUUCUUGCCAUUCUGCUGGGUGGCGACGUGACCUUGACAGAUCUACCCAUGGUUCUGAAUCAGGUGGAGGAAAACGUUGCGAAGAAUAUCCCGUCGACCAUGAUGCAGCGGUCGAAGGUCUCCGCCCUCCAGUGGGGUGAAGACCACAGGAACUUUCCGUCGGAUUAUGACGUCAUCCUGGGUUCGGGCGUCGUCUACUCCCGGCGACAUUUCCAAUUUCUGAUCGACACUCUCCUGCAUCUCAGCAACGAAGGGACCGUCAUAUACCUGAGCUCCUCAAUGGACCACGACACUGGGACCAUUGACUUUCACGAGAAUAUAGUCCCACAGCAUUUUAAUUCCGAAAUUGUGGACAGAAUCGAAUCGAAAGAUGUAAGUGUGUUCAAAAUCACCAGGAAGCACACUACAUUUCAGUAA